GUGGUGUGGGACAUUCACUACCAUCCGCCUAUCCUAUUACAAGUACCAGCCCCUCACAGAGGAAGAAACUCCUCGCAUUGUACCUACCCACCUACAGCCAGUGGGCUGUUUGAUUCGCAACAAUGGGAGAUUCUGACCGUGGCGGAGACACACAAUCCAUUCACUCAGGGAGGACUUCUGUCACGGCUAUUGACUUUUGCAUGUCGGAAACCGGAGCACGCAGCACUUAAGCAGCCUGCCGCCCACUCCCAAUUGGUUAACAGCUAUGAGCCGCACCACAGGAAGGCAUUUGAUGCGGUCUCCCAGAGUUUUGUCUAAACCCUAAACGGCGACCCAAGGUGCAGCGGUUCCUUCAAACCUUUCUGUAAACCACGGUGCGCCGCUCUUGGGGAUAAAAACAAGCAACCAAUGAAGAAACGCCGAAACUAUGAGCCUCUUUGUGGUGGUCCAAUAGGGUUUCAGAUGUUGGUGGCACGGCUGUCAAUCAUCGGGGAAGCAAUGACAUGAAAGACGAGAGAAAGAGCGGAGUGAGAGCGCGAGUGUUAACCUUCUACGGCACUCACAGGCAACCCUAAGGAGGAGCGAUGCCUAUCGGGCUCACCUCGCCAGGAAAGGACGGAUAUCGCCGAUAAAUAAAAACAAAACUUUUUACAAGUUAAGUAUUUAUUGAAAAUGGCUCUUCGUGGUAACACCUUGAACCCAUUCUCCAUCCAGGCUAUUUUAACGAGAAAGGAAGAGAAUCGACACACGAAGAAUUUGGGCGUGUCCUGCUUUUCGUCUGCUACCUGUUGGAAGAUGUUGGACAAUUUGAAUUCCUGUCCAAAGAUGAAUCCCUCCUCCGGGAGAAUCGAGACAAACGGCGAUCUGCCGAGUGAACAGCUCUGUUGUGACUCGGAUUCGGGCGUCAGCGAUGAAAAUGACAGUAAAAACCUGUCUAUUUGCAACUCGGAAAGGGAAUUAGAUAUUCCUGCAGCCAGUUCGUUACAGGCGAAGCCAACGAAGGAAGUGCGAUCUAGUCUCAGUGAAGAGACCGAGAAACGCGACAGUAAGGACCAUCUGUGUAACCGGGGGAGAGCAGAAAGUUUAUCAGCUCCAAGUCCAGUUGACGAAGAGUUGAAAUCGGGCCAAACCCCGGACCAACCCAAACAGAGGAAGAAACGCUCCCGAGCCGCCUUCUCCCACGCUCAGGUAUUCGAGCUCGAACGCCGCUUCAAUCACCAAAGAUACCUCUCGGGUCCCGAGCGCGCGGAUCUGGCUGCCUCUCUUAAACUCACGGAAACUCAGGUCAAAAUCUGGUUUCAGAACCGCAGGUACAAAACCAAACGCCGCCAGCUCGCUGCUGACCUGAUGGCCUCGGCCCCAGCAGCAAAGAAAGUGGCGGUGAAAGUGUUAAUCCGAGACGAUCAAAGACAGUAUAGCCCGGGAGAAUUGCUCAGACCUUCACUGCUUUCUCUUCAGCCAUCUUACCAGUACUAUCCAUUCACCUAUUGCCUGCCUGCGUGGACAGUGGCUGCUUGUUCAGGAACUCAAUAGCUGUUCAUCUUUCACGAACUAAGUUUCAGAUCCACGCUCUUAGAACUACAGUAUUUAUUUGCGUUGUUUUUUUUUUAGUAUAAGCUGCAGACUGGACUCGGCAGAGAGUGUUUCCAUGGUAUCCAUGUCCUUGAUAUUUAAUUCAAAUCUAGCUUCAAAUAUCUAAAGACUGUCCGCGAGGAGCAAACAGGGAGAAGCUGCUUCUCUGGUUUUCACUGAAAGGAUUCUCGAUGUUUUGCAUUGGCUGGACAUUAUUUCUUCAUUUCCUUCAUUCGAAGUAAUGUGUGCUGAAUGCAAGAAACGUAGAGAAACCGCGAGUUUGUCUCAUAAGUGCAAAUAUCCAUACAGAUAUAUAUUUUAUUAUACUUCCUGGUUAAGAACAGCAGAGGGAAGAGCAAAACAUUUUAACAUUUUCUCGCAGCUUGCUUUGUGUUGAUGUUGUGAAGAUAUUUGCCCCAACUCCAAAACAUUUCGAUCCGUGAUUAUAUUCGAGCAGUAUAGGGGUAAGAACCUAGCACUUUCCAUGUAAAAAUACUUAGUAGUGCUUAGUGUGGGCGAUCAUAUUGCAGGCUUUUCUUAAAUAGUAGCGUGUGAAACUUUACCUGGUUGAUGGUUUCUCCUGAAUAGAUCCAGGAUUGAAAGAAUAUGAAUGAAUGUUUAAAUAAUUGCAGCACAGCGACAAAGGAUAGCUCGUUUCAGGGUAGUGCAUUUGGAGUUGUGUAUCUCUUAUAAAAUCGUGCACUCUGCAUAACUUCCGGUCUUAAAAUAAAAUUAUUA